AUGAAUGAACAAAAUAUUGACACAUUAUUAUCAUCUGAUGAAUUAUGGUUAAAAAUUAUAAAUGAAGGCAAAGAAAAUCGCGUCGAAGUUAAUCAACGUAUGUUAAUUGAUAAAAUGUUGGCACGUUAUUCAUCUGAAUUUGUUGUUUAUCGUGAAUUAAUUCAAAAUUCUGAUGAUGCCCAAGCAACAUCAUUUACACUUGAAAUAACUUGUGAUCCAUCUACUGCUACAAUAAAUUAUGAAUCAGUUAAUAAAGAUGAUUUAUCAAUUAAUCAAAGAAAAAAAAAUAAUAUUCUAGAAGGUAUUGGACAAUUAUUUAAAAAUCAUUGGAAACCAAAUACAAUUAAUUAUAAUAAAGAUACAAAUGAUGAUUCAUUAAAUAAUCAACCGUCAUAUGAAAAUGAUUUUAAUAAUUGUAUAAUAACAGAAAUUCGUACAAUAAAUAAUGGAAAUAUAUUUAGUGAAGAUGAUUGGAAACGAGUUAUAACUAUAGCUGAAGGAAAUACAAAUGCUGAUGCUAUUGGACAAUUUGGUGUUGGUUUUUUUUCAGUUUUUUCUUAUUCCGAACGACCUAUGAUACAAUCUGGUAAACAUUGUUUAGCAUUUUCUUGGCAAAAUGGAAAAUCAUUAACAACAUUUCGUAAAGAAUUAUCUAAUGAUCAACAAUCAUCUUCAACUUCAAUUAUUCUUAAAAUGAAAAAUAAAUAUAUUUUAGAAACGAAAUCAACAUUAGAAAUCAAUGAAAUAAAUAAUGAUAUUCAUAGGCCAACUAAAUCAAAGAAAAAUACAAAUACAAAUGAAAUAGUACCUACAAUGGAUUUAACACAGCUUAAAGCUUAUUUUACAAAAGUUCUUUCAUUUACUAAAUAUAUCAAUCAAUUAAUUAUUAAAAUAAAUGGCUUAACAGUUUUUCAAGUAAAUAAAAUAAAAAAACCAUUAUUAUCAACAAAAUUAUCUUUAGCAGCAAAACGAAUUAAUUCAAAUAAUGCUCAUAAUAUACUUCAUUUUAAUUCAUUUGCACAAACUGAACAAACAUUUUCUAUUGAAAAUGGUCCAUCAAUAACACUUAAUCAUAUUGAUGUACAAGCUGAAUUAACUAUUGAUAAAGAUUUUCAUGAACAAAUUCGAAAUGUUCUUAAAAAAAGUUUACCUUCAAUUGUACAUAUUCAAUUUUUAUUUCCGUCAAACAAUAUACUUCAACAACAACAAUGGAAAACAUUAACAGAUAAUAAUUUAAAUAAUCAAAUAUUAAAAGAAUUAAUUCCAUUAAAAUUUCAUAAUCAAGAAAUAAUUCCAGCUGGUCAAAUAUUUAUUGGUUUAGCAACGCAUCAAACAACAGGUAUUGGCAUGCAUUUAUUUAGUCAUUUAAUUCCAACAAUUGAACGUGAAAAUAUUGAUUUACAAGAUCCAUAUAUUUCAAUUUGGAAUGAACAACUUUUAAUAUCAAUUGGAAAAAUUAUUAGAUUUAUUUAUGAUCAAGUUAUUCUUGAUGCCGUUAAUAACAUUCAACACGAAUCAAGUCAACACAUCAAUCUUAUUCUUUCUCCUUAUGCAUUUGAACCAUCAGCACCAAAUAAAGAUAUUGGUCGUAUUCUUCUCGAUGGAUUUUUUUCAUCAAAUGAAGAUAUUCUUGUACCAGUAAAACGAUCUUCAUCUGAUAAUCAUCUUUCAUUAAUUCCAUCGUCAGAAGCUUUUCUUACAAAUUCUAAACAUAUUCAAGCAUUUCUUCCUGUACCUCUUGUUCCAUUUGAUAUUGGAAAAAAUAAUUUUUUUAAAGUUUUAAAAGAACGUCGAUGGAUUGAAGAAAUCAAUAAUGAAUCAAUUUUAGUUAAAAUUCAUCAAUCAGUUUUUCUAUUCAAUGAAUUUAUUGAAUUACUUCGUUGGUUAUGUAAAUAUGAUACUAAUAAUAAUAAAUCUUAUGUAAAACAUGUUCUUUCAAAAAUACAAUAUCGUGAAACUCGUCAAUCAUCUAUUAUUAAAUUAGAAAAUAUUGAAUUUUAUGAUAUUCUUAAUAUAUCUUCUCUUCCAUUGCCACCAAAUGUAUUACCAUCUAAUAUUGUUAGUCAUAUAUCUCGUGAAGAUUUACAAAGACGAUUAUCAUUAUCAGCUAUUUCAGCGAAGAAUUUAAUUGAAUAUUAUCUUGCUGAAAAUCAAUUACAUCUUUUUCAUAAUGAAAAUACAUCUAAAAUUCUUCUUAGUUUUAUUUGUCAACAUUGGAAUAAAUUUAAUGAUACAGAAUCAAAUCAAAUAAAAAGUAUUUUAUCUAAUAUGAAAUGUAUUCCAACAAGUCAAGGCAUGAGAUCACCAAAUGAAUCAUAUAUUCGAUCAUCAAAUUUAUCGUCUGAUCUACCUAUAAUUGCACUUUACAUUCCACAAAUUGGAAAAGAUAAUAAUCAAAAAGACAAACAAGAAUCAAUAGAUCAUCCAGUAUCAAAUGAAUUUCUUAAAUUAAUUGGUUGUCGAACGAUUCAUAUACCAACAUUAACAAAUACUACACAGACUACAGCGGAUAUUUCAUCAAAUAGUUCACAGACACUUGAAAAUUUUAUUCAAGAUUUAUUAAAACAACGUAAAAAUAUGAGUGAUAAUGAUCUUCAUGCAUUAAAACAUAAUCAAUGUAUUAUAGGUUAG